CGCGGUCCUCUGGGAGCCGCACCCUAGGCCCGCCCGGGCGGAACCGCAGGGAGGGCGUGGCGGCCAGGGCCCGUGGUCCGGCCGGGCGCGGGGCCUAGGGGCCCGUCUCCCCGCCCCGUCCCCUGCGUCCCGGCGUCCUCGCCCCCUCCCUGCACGGAGCCGGGCGGCCGAGAAGCCCCCACGCUGUCCGUGGGGACCCGCCGGGCAGCGGGGCCGCGCUCCCGUCCGGCCAGUUCUUACAGCAGCAUGUCGCUUAGAAGGGCUCCAUCAGGUUAGUCCAGUGUGCUGUCCAGCCUCAGACUCAGGGUACCGGCGGGUCUGCAGGCGGAGUGGGGAGGUCAGGGCGCAGCUCUGCCCGCGCGGUGAGCGCCGGGUCCCCGCAGCACAGCGGCCUCGGACCACCGAACCCGCCUGACGAACCCGGGCCGGGGUCUCCGGUGCCCCGAGACCCGUCCCAAGUUUGGGGAAACGUGGCGUGCGUUCGCGCCGGUGGCUCCAGAGCACAGGGGCUCCCACACUGCGGCCCCAGCAAGUGAUUCCUUAUUCUCGCAGCCAGUCCAGGGCCUCGGAGCUCGCCAAGGAAGCUUCUAGAACUCGGACUUCUGCCCAACCCGCGGUGUGGAGAGGCUCCCGCCGGGGGGUCGCGGCGCCUUUAAGGACCCCGCCCGCGCAUCGGGUAGCAUGGUCGUUGCUUAGUAACAGGACGCCGCUCCGCCGCCUGCUCCUUCUGUGUCCCCAGAGCGCGGGGCGACCGAGGCGGGAUGUCGGAGGAGGACCCCCAAGUGUGCGCGGAGCCAGAGCAGCCCAAGGCCGGGCCCCAGCCGGAGAAAACCAGCGACUACUACCGCGUGAGCGAGGACCUGCCGGCCAGGUUCAACAACCCGGCCUGGUUUCGGGGCUACAGGACCAAGGAGCCCCUCUCAGUAUACAGGACCAGCAACCAAGCUUACGGGAGCAGAGCCCCCACCGUGCACGAGAUGCCGCCUUGCCUGGCACUGGCCUGGAGGAGGUCUGCAGACAGCGAGGGUGGCGUGUGUUGCUGUUUGUCCCCGUCUACACCGGCCCGCUCCGCACGUGUGUCUCCGCUUGAGAAAACCUGCUGACAACUCGGACUCUGAGCGGCAAACCUGGGAGUGACUUCUCCCGAGGAAGACCCCGUCCUCUGUGCGGACAGGCGGGUGGUGAGCAUUGGCCGCUCGCCCCUGGGGCUCUCCCCUCCUCCCACUCCACUCCUGCUGUGUUAGGACUUCUGACGUGGGGUGGUCCCUGCAGAAACCCAGAGCAGCAGACCUCCACAAUCGGGUCUCCCCUGCUUUGCGUUACGGGAAAUGAACCUGUGGCCCAGCACGCAGCCUCCUCCCUCCACUGGGAAGCGAGAGGGGCCCUUGGGGUCGGACUUCUCUGUAGGCCCCCCACCUUUUAAGUCUUUUCCUUCUGGCCGUGCGGGGUCUUCGUUGCCGCGCAGGCUUUACUGCCGUUGCCGCGAGCAGGGGCCGCUCCCUCCUUGCCGCGCAUGGCUUCUGUUGCUGAGCACCCGCUCCGGGGCCCUCGGGCUUGUCGCUGCAGUUCCCGGGCUCCAGAGCUCAGGCACGGCAGCCGUGGAGCCCGGGCUAAGUUGCUCCGUGACAGGCGGGAUCCCCCCAGACCAGGGAGUGGCCCUGUGUCCCCCACACUGGGAGGCGGAUUCAUGACCACUGGGCCAGCAGGGAAGCCCUCCUCUGCCGGUCUCGGGACUUUCAGCCUGCUCUGGCCACACGCCCUCCCCAGCCUCUUCCUAUGGGCGGGGGUACAUCGGCCACCCAGAGCGCUGGGACCCACGGACGCGAGGUGGGGCCGGGACCAGCAGAGGAGCUGGACUGGGGCUGCAGAUGAGGCCGUCACUCCUCAGCCGUGCUCCCGCCGCCCCCAUGGCAGCGCCCCACCUAAAAGAAAUUGCCUAGUUCUGGCCUUGCCGGGCCUGUGUGGCUGUGUGCGGGCUUUCUCUAGUUGAGGCGCGUGGGCUCCCGUUUCUGUGGUUUCUCUUGCGGGGAGGCACAGGCUUUAGGCACACAGGGUCAGUAGUUGUGGAGCCUGGGCUCAGGCGGCCCUCGGCGUGUGGAAUCUUCCCGGACCAGGGAUCAGACCCCGUGUCCCCUUCACUGGCAGCUGGAUGCCACGCCAGCCCCCUUUGCAGACAGGCUGCAGGACCUCCCACCUUGGCCCCAGGGAGCGCCAGAGUUGACCGUGGCGGGGCGGGGCGGGGGGGGCGGGGAGGGUGGGGAGAGUGGGAAAACAAAAGCUUUUAAGCAGCCUGGCUUGUGGGUAAUCCAGGGAUGGGCCCACGCUAUCACGGUUAUGACCAGUUCGUGAAAACCAGGCAUGGCCUGCACUGCCCAGGAAGAACCCAGAACGGGUGGGGAGGCUGGGGGAGAGGAAGGAGGGGAGGGUCUGGGGGGGCGGCGAUGGGGCCAGGAGCAGAGGGGUGCCCACGGCUCAGUCCUCGAUGGCAAGGGUGGAAGCCCGGCGGGUCCCGGACGCUGGGUCCUCACGCCAACAUCCUGCAAAGGCCACGCCGCAGAGGACAGACCGCAUCAACUGAGGUG